AAGGAGGUUGUAUUGCAAGAGAGGGAAGAACACGAGGAUGCACUUCUUGUUGUAAACAAGUGGAGACAUAUUGCUCGAUGGGUACCAAAUGCUCCUGAUAAACGAUCCAAACAGCAGGCAACAGCUGUUACAAUCCAUGCUACUGUUCCGAAAUCAGUGAAAAAUGGAACGAAGGAGCAACUACCUACAGAAGUAAUGAUGGUCAUGUUUGGAGGCACCAACAGCAGUAAUGCUUAUUUGAACAACAUUACUUGGAUGUAUGAUUAUAAGAUUAACUCAUGGCGAAAUGUAACAGUCCAGAAACACCCUACUGUCUACAAAGGCCAUUCUUUAGUUACACUGUGCAAUGACACUGUUGUAUUGUUUGGUGGAGUUAACACCCAGAAAAACUUUUCCAAUGAAACAUGGAUUUUUCAAGCAUCAAAACAAAACUGGACACAGAUAUUUCCAAGUACAGGUGGUAAUACACUAUGGCCCCGUGCUUACCAUAGUGCUGUCACAAUGAAGUCUCCAAAUGCUACUUGCACAUGCCCUGACUCAAUGUUUGUGUAUGGAGGACGUCUAUACAAUAACACUGACAGCAGUGAGCUGUGGGAGCUCAGAUGUCAAACAAAUAGUUUACAGUGGACAUGGUUAAAGAGAAACAAACAACACUCUAACUAUCAGAAUUGGCCUCCUCCUGGUUGCAACUUCCUUGCUGCAUCUAACCAGAAGACUUCACUGUAUUUGUACGGACUUACAAACAGUGACGGUGAUCAAUACAAACUCUGGAAUUUGCUCUUGACCGUUUCUGGUGAUGUUGAAUGGACUGUCGUCUUUGAACUUGCACGAAACAGGUCUCCUGGGCACACAGUAAUGGACUUGAACUUGAAGAGUCUGACAGCUCAAUACAUGACAAUUGGAAAAGAAAAUCACUACUUUAUAGUUUGCUGCCCUCUUUAUGCCUUUGAUUUCCAAGUUAUGAUGUGGAAAUUACCACAAGUUUUCUAUGAAACUGCUUCUCAAGCAGUGCCUUGUUUGAGGUACCCUUCGUCUGCAGCUGUAAAUGACCAAUUAGUAAUCUUUGGUGGUAGCUCAUGUAAUGCAGAAAAUAACAUUGACUUCAAUAAGUUGUGGAAUCUAACACUUGCAAAUACAAGAGCUUGGUUGUGGGAGCAAAAAGAGCCUCCACUGACUGGUCCAUUGCGUGGUAGGGGAGGUAUGGCUGCAGACAUAAAUUAUAAAAAGAAUAAAUUGUAUGUGUAUGGCGGUUUACUGAUGAAUCCGUAUGGAUAUGAUUUAAUGCUUUCAGACAGUUCUAUUUGGACAUUGGACAUAAGAGAAAGGAGAUGGGGUGCCAGUUUGAUGCCAUUUAGCCCACCUCCACUGUUUGGACAGACUGGGAUCAUGUUGAACAUAGGCUUUGUUGUGGUUGGCGGGAAGUCAGAAAGCGGAAAAAAUGGCACUUUAGGUAGCAAAACAUGGAUUUUUGAUGAUGAUAAAAAUGUGUGGGUUUACUAUUACCAUGAAACUGUGAACAAUCGAAUGUGGCAUUCAGCUGCAAGAAAAAACAGUCAUAUUAUGGUUAUUUUUGGUGGAUUAAAGUAUGAAGGCAAUCAAAUGAUUGCUCUUAAUGACACAUGGCAAUUAACAGUGCACUCAGGUAGUAACGCUGAAGACAGCACAUACAAAUGGAAACAGUUGGAGUCAAACUCAUCAGUUCUUUCUGGUCGAUUUGGACACACAGCUGUGAUAAUCAACAACACAAUGAUUGUGUAUGGAGGAAGUACUGGAAGUAGUCAAAGAGGAAGUGCAAAUUAUAUAUGCCAGUCUGUUGUGUGGAUGUAUGAUAUUUUGAGUAAAAGGUGGGAAAACUACUCGGGAUCGGUGAAAAGGUGUUUGCACUCAGCUGCUACUAUAGGUACCAAAAUGAUAAUUGUUGGUGGAUGCUCAACCAUUCCAUCUUCUCUUUUGACUGGCGAACAGCUUAUGACAUGUCCAGAUUCUAGUAGUGACAUGUUGGCAUUUACUUUAGAUGCAACAUUAUCGAAGGUUCUGAAGGUGGAGUAUUUACAGGUUAGCAAUUGGAUAGAUGGUUCUUUCCUUGCUGCCUCACUACUUCCUUGGCAAAAUGGCACUCUCUCUCUUCUUGGCGGCUUUCCUGCAGAUAUUCCAGAGGAUGGAAACUUCUAUGAUGGUACAACUAAAGCAAUUUCUGUCAUCCGGCCUGGCUGCAAUCCAGGCUUUGUCAGUUCUAAUUUUUCACUACAUUACUGUCAUCAAUGUUCAUUUCGACAGUACCCUAAUGCUGCUAGAAACAAUUGUAGCUUUUGUCCACAAGGACUGACAAUACCUAAAGGUGGUUACCCUGUGACAGGUCAAUGGAAUUGUUCACACUGCAUCAAUAGCACAUCCUACUGUCAAAAUGGAAAGUGUCAUGUAGUUGAAGGUGAGAACAAUGUUAGAAGAGCAUAUUGUAGCUGUCCUUUUGGAUUUGAAAACAUACCUGCGGAUAGUAAUGAGAAUGAAGUUAGUGUUUGUCAGCCAAUCUAUUUAGCUGAAGAAAUAGGAGCAAUACUUGCCAUUGUAAUAGUGAUUUCUCUCAUCAUCAUGGCUGUACGAGUAGCUAGAAGACAUUUCAAACAAGCAUUAGAGACCAGGGAAGGUGAACUGAGGGAUUUAGCAAACAUUUGGGUGAUAGAUUCAAGAGAACUCAAGCUACUAGAAAGAAUAGACAGCACUGCUCCAGGGGGAUUUGGUGAUGUAUACAGAGCUGAGUACCGAGAAUUUAUUGUUGCAGUUAAGAAACUCCAAGAUCUUCAACGAAUUGACGCUUGUGAACGAGAGUUUGAAAGAGAAAUUAAAUUUAUGCGGACAGUUCGUCACCCCAACAUUGUACUCUUUCUGGGUGGUGGCCGGUUUCAUGAUGAUGGCUGUCCAUUUCUGGUACUAGAGUACAUGUCAAGAGGUUCUCUUGGCGCUAUACUCAAAGAUGAUUUAAUAACAAUAACAGAUGAUCAAAAAAUUCGAUUCUGUCUUGAUGCUGCGAAAGGCAUGAAAUUUCUUCAUGGACUAUCUCCUCCUCGUGUCCAUCGUGACCUUAAGAGCAACAACCUUCUUGUCAGCAAACACUGGGUCGUAAAAGUUGCAGAUUUUGGGUCAGCAAGACUGAUUAGGGAAGAUAGACCACUGGAUGAUACUGCCAGUGGAGAAUUUUCACAACUUUCGGACUCAGCACCACUUUUAGGAAGAAACUCACAACUGUCUAUUGGAGUGGGAACCACACAAUGGAGUGCUCCAGAGCUUCUUUCAGGACAGAUAUAUGGCAGCCCUGUGGAUGUAUACAGUUUCGGAAUUGUUAUGUGGGAAAUCUGGACUAGAAAGAUUCCUUAUGAUGACACAAAUUUUCAGAGAUCUGGACAGCUUCGACGAGCAGUGUCAGAGGGAAUGAGACCACCUAUUCCUGAAGAUUGCCCACAAUCGUAUGGUCAUCUAAUUAAGCACUGCUGGCAUAGUGAUGCAAGAAGAAGACCAUCAUUUCAAACAAUAGUAGAAAAAUUGGAAAAAAUUAACGACAGAUUUCUAAUUGCAGUGGGUGGUAGUGGAGAUCAGGAUGAUAGUUAAUUAAUGACUUCUGCUAGAGUGUUUCAGUGUGAUCGAACUGUCGUGCUAUUGAAAGUAUCACUACAUACUGUAAAUGUAUGAUCUUUAGGAAA